GCUGCUUGGAUCCCUAAUUACAUCCUGAAUAUUGGCAAACAAGUGCCGUACUUUUACAACUAAACGGUCUUUUUUUGCCCAGAGCUGAUCAUCACUGCAGGUGGAGAGAACAUCCCUCCUGUGCCCAUUGAGGACGCAUUGAAGGCUGAGGUGCCCAUCAUCAGCAACACCAUGCUGAUUGGAGACAAGCUCAAGUUCCUCUCCAUGCUGCUCACUCUUAAAUGUGUCAUAGACGACAAUGGCGAGCCCACAGACAAGCUGAGUCCCGAGGUUUUAGACUUCUGCCAGCAGCACGGCGUCACAGCAACCAAUGUGUCGGAGAUCAUAGCCAUUAAGGAGCCAGCUAUCUACAAAGCCAUUCAGGAGGGCUUGGAGCGGGUCAAUGCCAGAGCGACCUCCAACGCCCAGAAAAUCCAGAAGUGGGUGAUACUGGAGCGAGACUUCUCUAUCAGUGGAGGAGAGCUGGGACCCACCAUGAAACUGAGGCGGCCCAUUGUUGUGAAGAUGUACCAGGAGAAAAUAAACGAAAUGUAUGCAGUGGAAAAGGAAAACUAGACUGAGCUGCACAGAGAUGAGACAAUAGGGAAGAAACUUUGAAGCAUGUUUACGAACAUUGUGUUGUGCCCAGACGUCAUGCUGAGAAAUGUGUAAACCUCUUUUCACCUGAAUGUUAAAAGUGGAAGAGGUCUGUGAUUUAAGGGGAAACAAAUCUUGAUUCUGAUUGUUGUUGUAUUUAAUGGAAUAGAUGCUGUUAUGACGUCUCUUAAAUUUAAGCCCUUGCCAAAUACAAACUAGUUCACACAAUGAUUAAGCCUAUCACUGCUGGGUAAAAUUUAUUACGUACUUCGUGUUACCCAUUCAGCUGCGAAAGGUUUGUAAACACAAUGGCGUUAAAAAGGCGGGGAAAUGCAGUGCGCUUGCAUACACAACAUGUUGAAAAAAAUGUUUUGCUUGUUUUGCUUUUGUCUGCGCUGAAUGUCAGUGCCAAAUCCGUGCCACCAGCAAGAUCCCUUCUGCACAAAAGUGGUCCUCUCUGCCAAAGAAGGUUACAACAAAUGUGCCUUUUUAUAAUUAUUCGUGUGUUGUUGUCUGUUCUCAAAUAGUGACGCUUUCAGAAAGGCUGACAAAGCGUUAUUUGAUGUCUUUAUGAGAUGGUCAUGACCGGAAGCGCUAGCUACGUUAGUAUAAAAGGCGUUGACAGCUUCCCAAAGCACCUAACCCUAACCAUCACAGGGGUGUGUGCCUAGUCAGCGAUUGUAUGCAUGUCGACCGCCUAACCCUACAGCUGUGCCCUACAUCUGCCAUGCUAGCAGCUAGGGUUAGCCUCCUUUGUGUUGCUACAUUGUUAGUGUUGUCAAUUAAAAAUGUACUGUUGAAUAAGCUUUUUCAUAUCUAAAGUUUAUUAUAAUUACAUCAUAGUGAACACUUUCAUCUCCAAUGAUUAAAAAAAAUUGUUAUCUCGAUAUGCGCAUGUGCAAAACGGAUCUUGCUGGCGGUACGGAUUUGGCACUUUACUGAACCAUAAAGCACUGCAGUCAGCCCAGGGGCGAGUGCAAUCUCGAAACGUUUCGCACCGGUUUGCAACGUUUUCUGAUUGAACGACAUGUUUCCUUGCAACGUUCCGCAACGGGCUUCGAGGUAUGUUUUCUUCUGUUUGGUGGGAGUGUCUCAGGUGUUGCUCAAUCAGCUGCGACAAGUUUGUAAACACUAAAAAAGCAGGAAAAUGCAGUGCGCUUGCGUACACAGCAGGGUGUUCAAGGCACCACCGUUUCUGUUGGAAAAAAACGUUUAGCUACGUUUUGACGACGCUGAACUCGCCCCUCGUGUCUGUGGCGACAAUCCCCGCGCAGGGGUACCGGUAAUGAUGCGUUUUACGUCAACCAGCAAUGAUUGGUUUGCCAGGAGCAACCCAGAGCCAUGUAGAUAGCUCCACGAAUGGUGUAAAAAAAUGAUCCAUUGGAGAGAAGCUUUAUGAUUUGUUUUGUAUAGUUUGUACUAAUAAUAUGCUUUACAACGGUGUAUGAAGUAAUGCCAAUAAAUCCACUUGAAUUGA